AACCUAGGUUAAGAAAAAGCUAACACUGGUGUUGUGGUUUUUUGACAGACAUUUCUGUAACGUUGUUCUCACCUUCAUACACAACAACGACAAUGGCGACAAAAGCUUUGGCCUUCACAAUAACUCUGAACGACCUCUUCGGUUCCAAGUCGCCGCCACACAACGCUGCAAAACAUUCCUUUAUCUCUGUCAGAUGUUCCGCCGGUAAUGGAGAAAGGCCAUGGAAAAAUUCAGAUGCUAGACUUGUGUUAGAAGAUGGUUCAAUUUGGAAAGCUAAAUCAUUUGGUGCUACAGGAACCCAAGUUGGUGAAGUUGUUUUCAAUACAUCAUUAACUGGGUAUCAAGAAAUUUUAACUGAUCCUAGUUAUGCUGGACAGUUUGUGCUGAUGACAAAUCCGCAUAUUGGGAAUACUGGCAUAAAUUUUGAUGAUGAGGAAUCAACACGGUGCUUCCUUUCCGGUCUAGUAAUUAGAAGUUUGAGUAUCAGUACCUCAAACUGGAGAUGCACGAAAGAUCUCGGUGAUUACUUAGCAGAAAGGAAUGUCAUGGGAAUUUAUGAUGUUGAUACACGGGCAAUCACACGUAGAUUGCGGGAAGAUGGUAGCCUUAUUGGCGUAUUGAGCACUGACAAUUCCAAAACAGAUGAGGAAUUACUUCAUAUGUCUAAAUCAUGGGAUAUUGUGGGUAUCGAUCUAAUAAGUGGAGUAUCAUGCAAGUCUCCUCACGAAUGGAUUGAUAGAACAAAGGAAGAAUGGGAGUUUAGCUCUAGUCAAAGGUCCGGUGAUGCUUUCCAUGUAGUUGCUUAUGAUUUUGGAAUCAAGCAUAACAUACUUAGGCGCCUAGCAUCUUAUGGCUGUAAAAUCACUGUUGUGCCAUCUACAUGGCCAGCAUCCGAAACUUUAAAGAUAAAUCCAGAUGGCGUGAUUUUCAGCAAUGGCCCUGGAGAUCCAUCCGCUGUUCCUUAUGCUGUUGAAACAGUGAAGAAUAUUAUUGGAAAGGUGCCUGUUUUUGGAAUUUGCAUGGGACAUCAAUUGCUAGGCCAGGCUUUAGGAGGUAAGACCUACAAAAUGAAAUUUGGUCACCAUGGAGGAAAUCAUCCUGUUCGUAACCUUCGAAACGGUCGUGUUGAAAUUAGUUCUCAGAACCACAACUAUGCUGUUGACCCUGCUACCCUGCCGGAAGGAGUGGAGGUUACUCAUAUCAAUCUUAAUGACAGUAGUUGUGCUGGUCUUGCUUUCCCUGCUAAAAAGAUUGUGUCUCUUCAAUACCACCCUGAAGCAUCCCCUGGACCUCAUGAUUCUGACAACGCAUUUAGGGAGUUUGUAGAUCUAAUGAAGCGUGAAAAAAACAACACACCGAAUGAAAAUCGACACCAACUAAAAGCGGCACAUGCCUAGGAUGUGUAGUCAUUGAAGCGAGCUGGAGCUGCUGGGCUAGAACAAUAAAUUAUUAAAUUAUGCCUGAUAAAAGCUUAGGUUCUUAGUAGUCUUGAUCUAUGGUUUGUUGAUGAAUAAGAGCUUCCUUUGAGUUAAGAUUUUCCCGGGGUUGAUCAUGAUUUUCUUGUGUCCAUUUUCUGUACAAGGGCUAGCAGCCCUUCGGAUUUGGAUUUGGUGCAGUUACUGCGCCACAAAAUUUGUGAUCUCAAUCGUCCGAUCUUAAAUUAAAGGUCGAGAACAUUUUAAGCUGAUUUGUUAUUAUGUAAUCUGAAUUGUCUUAUUUUAGAUUAACAACCGAGAUAAAAACUGCGUGUAAUUGUGUACUUUAUUUACUGCGUCAGGUCUUGGUCCCAGCUCGAUAUUGUAGGUUAAUUUAUGUAUUCCAUGUAGUACCAAGAAUUGUAUUUUUAGGUUGCUAUUUUUAUAACCCGGUGGUUUAUUUA